GACCCGGACCACGCGGGAGCCGGGGCAAUCAAACUACAUUUCCCGACACGCAUGUGCUCGCUUCGUGACCAAUCAGCGCCAGGAAUUCGGAGGCUAGGGGCGGAGCCAGAUGCACAGGACACCCCAUUGGCCAGGGGAAGCUUAGAAGAGCCGGAACCCGGGAGCUAGAGAAGCGAAAUGACAUUUCCUUUUUAAAUAGCUGGAGCCGGGGCCCCAUCGAGAAAUGGCCGCGUCGGCAGAUUUAAGUAAGUCUUCCCCAACACCGAAUGGGAUUCCAUCUUCAGACCCAGCCAGCGAUGCCAUGGACCCCUUCCAUGCUUGCAGUAUUCUUAAGCAACUCAAAACAAUGUACGAUGAAGGACAGUUGACAGACAUUGUAGUGGAAGUGGAUCACGGGAAAACAUUUUCCUGUCAUAGAAACGUUCUUGCUGCAAUCAGCCCUUACUUCAGAUCCAUGUUCACUAGCGGCCUUACAGAAAGUACUCAAAAAGAAGUUCGAAUAGUUGGUGUUGAAGCUGAAUCGAUGGAUUUAGUGUUGAACUAUGCCUACACUUCCAGAGUUAUUCUCACAGAGGCCAAUGUUCAAGCCUUGUUCACUGCAGCUAGCAUCUUCCAGAUUCCUUCCAUCCAAGACCAAUGUGCUAAGUAUAUGAUCAGUCAUUUGGACCCACAGAAUUCUAUUGGGGUCUUUAUCUUUGCUGAUCAUUAUGGUCAUCAGGAACUCGGAGAUCGAUCAAAAGAAUACAUUCGCAAAAAGUUUCUGUGUGUCACCAAAGAACAAGAGUUUCUCCAGUUGACAAAAGACCAACUGAUAAGUAUACUAGACAGUGACGAUUUAAAUGUAGACCGAGAAGAGCAUGUUUAUGAAAGCAUUAUAAGGUGGUUUGAGCAUGAACAGAAUGAAAGAGAAGUGCACCUUCCAGAAAUUUUUGCUAAAUGCAUACGUUUUCCUCUGAUGGAAGAUACCUUUAUAGAGAAAAUUCCACCUCAGUUUGCACAGGCUAUAGCCAAAAGCUGUGUAGAAAAGGGACCAUCCAACACCAAUGGCUGUACACAGAGGCUUGGAAUGACUGCUUCUGAAAUGAUCAUAUGUUUUGAUGCUGCCCACAAACACUCAGGAAAGAAGCAAACAGUGCCUUGUCUAGAUAUAGUCACAGGAAGGGUGUUUAAACUAUGCAAACCACCAAAUGACCUGAGAGAAGUUGGGAUUCUUGUAUCACCAGAUAAUGACAUUUACAUUGCAGGAGGGUACAGGCCAAGCAGCAGUGAGGUCUCCAUCGACCAUAAGGCAGAAAAUGAUUUCUGGAUGUAUGAUCAUACCACCAAUAGAUGGCUAUCCAAACCAUCCUUGCUUCGAGCCAGAAUAGGCUGCAAACUUGUCUAUUGCUGUGGUAAAAUGUAUGCAAUCGGAGGUCGUGUUUAUGAAGGUGAUGGGAGAAACUCACUAAAAUCUGUUGAGUGCUACGACAGUAGAGAGAAUUGUUGGACGACUGUUUGCGCGAUGCCAGUUGCAAUGGAAUUUCAUAAUGCUGUGGAGUACAAAGAGAAGAUCUAUGUUUUACAGGGAGAAUUUUUCCUCUUCUAUGAGCCUCAAAAAGACUACUGGGGUUUCUUAACCCCCAUGACUGUGCCUAGAAUCCAGGGCUUAGCAGCUGUAUACAAGGACUCUAUCUACUACAUAGCUGGAACCUGUGGAAAUCAUCAACGUAUGUUUACUGUAGAAGCCUAUGAUAUUGAGCUAAAUAAAUGGACUCGUAAGAAAGACUUUCCAUGUGAUCAGUCCAUAAAUCCAUACCUUAAACUGGUACUUUUCCAGAACAAACUCCAUUUAUUUGUUCGAGCUACUCAAGUGACUGUUGAAGAACACGUCUUCAGAACCAGCAGAAAAAAUUCCCUUUACCAAUAUGAUGACAUUGCUGACCAGUGGAUGAAAGUGUAUGAGACCCCAGAUCGGCUCUGGGACCUUGGCCGGCAUUUUGAAUGUGCUGUUGCUAAACUGUAUCCUCAGUGUCUUCAGAAAGUACUCUAAAUGAGUAGCAGGCCUUAGUGCAUCACUGGCAUCUCAUUCUUAGGAAACUUGUCUUUGAUACAAAAGAGUGCUGACAGUAUUUCAGAAAGCUGAGAGAGUUUUAUACAUGGAAAAUGGGUAUGCUUAAAGAUUGCAGGGUAGGGAGGGAUUUUCCUUCAUCCUUGUGACAUUUCAUUUCAGUAAGGAAAAGAUAACAAAGUGCAAUUAUCAGCAUUUUUUUUUCCUGGCAUAAAAUUAAUCAUUUCAUUUUAUAAUUUUGUGAUAAAUAGUAACUGAGGUACCAGAUGAAUCAGGACAACUAUGCACUCUUAUAAGAGCAUUUAGGGUAUUAUUGGGUAAAGACAUCUAAACUCGUUUGAUGUGACUUUUAAUUUUAAAUACGGGUAACAAUCUGAGGCAAUAUCACUAGGACUUUAGCUGUGACCUCUCUAACACAGAGAAGCACUAACUUAGAUCCUCAUUCUUAAUAUUUAUAUGUAUCUAUUUUUGUGUACUGUUUUCAAGUGUACUGAGAUUUAAAUGUGUUCUAUUAUUAGAGUAGAUCGAAGAAAAAAUUAGUCUCAGAAAGAGCUUUUAGUCUGAUUGUUUCCAUUUCCCAUGUAAUUUUAAGUUAAGCUAAAGUUUUAAAGUGGCAGUUUUCUGUCGAUGACUUUUUCAAGUGCUAACACUGUCUCCUUUGUGAAAAUCUGGAAAAGUGCUCAUAUUCACAGGUGGCUGGUGCUAGUCUAACUUAAUUCAUGUGUAUAACUAGAUGGAUUUAAAUGGUCUGAGCCUAUGCCUAUCUUUCAAAUUGGUGUGGAUUUCAUGGCCAUAGUACUUUACCUGUUGAACUCUUGUGAUUUCACAAGAUUCUCUACUUAUGUGAUAGGAGGGUAUGGCCAGUUAUUCAUCUAACUGGACUCAAUCUUAGAAUAGUAGGAACAUUAUACCCAGUUUGCACUAACAUGGGCCAUUUGUAGCCCAACCUUCUCUUCCAUCUACCUGUGCAUUCAUUAUUGGUACAAGGAAAGGUAACUUAUUUCUCUUCUGCACAGAGCAUAAUGUGAAGUUUUAUACCUACUUUUAAAAUUCUGCUUUCCAGAAACAAAAUUCCUGCAGUGGUCUAAUUUAAUGUCUUUAAGUUUCAUAUUACAAUUAAAACCUCAUUUUUUUUUCCCAUUUUUGCACUUAACAGUGAUGAAUACUUUUACAUUGGAAUCCUCCUUCUAGCUGAAGGUGAUUGAAAAGGAAAAGAGUGAGUGAACAGAACCAUAGCUUUCUAGGUACUAAAGCAUUUUUUGCAUUUAACUGAUGAAAUUUCUAACAAUCAGUUAGGAAUAUUAACAUGAAGGAUAAACCAACUUAUUUGUAUACCUAAGGCAGGCAUUUGGAUCAGUAACAUGUUUUACUAAGCCUAGAGUAAUUCAUAAAGGGUAUAAGCAUAGGACAGAUUUUGCCCUCAAUCACAAUAUUUGUAUUCACUUGAAAGCAAACUGGCAUGGUUCGUAUUUUAAAAAUCUUGCACAAAUUGUAAUGUGAUACUGUGAAACAAAUUGAAAACAUUGCCUCUUUGCAUCACAUACCUCGUUUUUCAGAAACUUUCCAAACUGCUUUACAUAGACCUCUACAAGUAGGGAAUGUUUUCUGAAGCAGAAGUUAAAAAGGACAGCAUUUCUAGAAUUAACAUUUUAAAAUCUAGUCUUAGCUAGAUAUGUGGUUUCUUCUUAUUGGUGUUGAUAGUAUGUCUGUAAUCUCUGUAUAAACUUUGUCAACAUUUUUACCUCCCCAGUUUUAUCUUCUGUUUUGUUUUUGUUUUUAUCAUCAUGAUGUUUUGGAGUUAUUACUGUGUAUUUUAGAAAUCAUUCUUUACAGUUUUGCAUUGCUGAGGAGAGAGAAGAAACAAUUUUUUUGCAAGAGAUGUUCAUGUAAUUUAUUUUUGAAAGCUUUGUUGAAUAAGAUUUCCUGCCGCUUUUUGACAAUCUUGUGUAUUUAGAAAAAUGUAUUACUUGAAAACAUGACAUAGAACAUUGAGUUAGCAAUUUACAUGGGCUGUAUGUUAUAUAAGAGAAUGACAUACUGUGGCUAAUUCAACAGUAGAUUUAUUCUUUUAGCCUGCACAACAGUUGAUCUUUUGGCUAUGACAGUUUGUAUGGAGGGUACGAUCUAAGUUAAGUGUGUCAAAAGCAAGGCUUAGGAUUUGUUAUGGGAGUAGAAUAUAUAUUGAAUUUUGUAUGAAGAACUAUUUGUUUAAAUUAUAUAGCUGGGAUAUUUUGCCACUGUUAAAAUGGAUUCAGAAGAGGUCCUAGAAAAGUAAGAUUAGUGACAUGUGUGGGUUUAUAUUUAGAUAUUUAAGGUGCAUUUUCAUAGUGUGGUAAGACCUUAAGUAAAAGGCACAAUGGGUACUAGAGAAUUAAAACGUAGGUCUAACAUAAUGCCAGUUCCACUUUGACUUUGUUUUUGCAUUUGAAGAAUGUAUGUAGCACUUUCCUAUAUAUUUUUCACACAUUGAAAACUGGACUGGGUAUAACUAUGUUAUAGGAAAGUAGAAAUUGUAUUCUUUAUUUUCCAUCUUUGUUUUCUGUUCUACAAAGUUGAUGCUUAAGCAUCAAGCUGAUUUUAUUGGUCAUGAGAACAAAUGGAUGUGAUCAUCAAGGAAUCAGAUUCCCUAUGUAAAGCAGUUUAAAAUGGAAUUCAAUGUUCAGUGCUCAGGUAUGUAGUAAGUACUGUAGUCCUGUGGGGGCAAAUGUGUAGAUAUUUUUAAACAUUUUGCCAUAAUUGCACAAUUUUUUGCAUUUUUACCUGAUGUCAUUGUUUCUUAUAAUAAAACCUUUUCUGAUUGAAAA